AUGGCGGGUGAUGAUGCGCCGAGUAAAAGUGUGUUGGAGAGGGUAUCGAGGAUGGAGGUGACGGCUGAGAAUGGUGCGAGGGUGCAGUUCGGUGAAGUCCUUGGGUGGGACCUUGGGACGCACUCCGGAAAGCCGCCAGUGUUGACCCGCACUAGUACCGUGGUGGUCUUCUUGAGGCACUUUUGGUGUCCGAACUGUCAGGACUAUGUGUCUUCCAUCAUGCACGAUGUGGACCAUGAUGCCCUGUCGCGCUCGGGUGUAAAGCUCGUACUCGUAGGAUGUGGCUCUUACGGUCUCAUCAAAUCUUAUCGUCAUAUAUUUGACUUGCCUUACCCGAUCUACACGGACUCGUCACAACAGCUCUAUCGUGCGCUCGGCCUUCACAUGACCGAAGAACGCUCAAUCCCUAGCCACCUCGCCACGCACAUGCACCCGACACAUCAAGGCGGCGGCGCGCGCUACGUGAAACAUAAAUCCGUAGGCGCAUUCGCCAUGGUCGUCCGUCGGGCCCUCAAGGUCGGGAUGCCAGUCUGGGAAAAGGGCGGCGACGCGGCUCAACUCGGCGGAGAGUUUGUGUUUGGACCUGAUAAGGAUCGGACGUGCGCCUACGCGCAUAGGAUGUUGACGAAGAGUGGGCAUGCGGAUGUGAGGAUGGUGUUGGCGAAGGCCGGGUUCGGGACGCCGUUGCCGAGUCCGACGAGUAGAGGGUCGGGGCUGUGGUUCGUUAGUGCGGAGGAGGAGGCGGCGUGGAUGGAGAGUAGGAGGAGGAGUUUGGUGAGGAUGAAGGAGAAGAGGGAGAUGAGGAGGGCGAGUGUGGAUAGUAGGUUGGGUUUCAAUGCGCCGACCAUGAUUACGACGCCGUUGGUUUUGGACGGUGAUGAUGAGGCGACAGUGCAGCCUUCGCCGGCGGAGAGGGGGAGGAACAGGGAUAAGAGGACGACUGCGACAUUAUCGAUUGUGAGAGAGGACGGGAGGGGUGAUGGCGGGCUUGAGAUGGAGUGGGGUGGCUCGAGCGAGUCGAUGGGGUCUGUCGUUAUUAUCAGCCAUGCACAAGGUAGCUCGAGCGAUGCGUCCACGAGUGCGACCUCGUCUGCAUCUGCUUCGGCUUGA